CAGGCUCUAUUUAGAGCCGGGUAGGGGAGCGCGGCGGCCAGACACCUCAGCGCUACCUGGCGGAACUGGAUUUCUCUCCCGCCUGCAGCUUAAGCCUGACUGCUGGCGGGCCUGCCACAGCUGGACUCCGCCACUCCGGUAGCCUCAUGGCUGCAACCUGUGAGAUUAGCAACAUUUUUAGCAACUACUUCAGUGCGAUGUACAGCUCGGAGGACUCCACCCUGGCCUCUGUUCCCCCUGCUGCCACCUUUGGGGCCGAUGACUUGGUGCUGACCCUGAGCAACCCCCAGAUGUCAUUGGAGGGUACAGAGAAGGCCAGCUGGUCGGGGGAACAGCCCCAGUUCUGGUCGAAGACGCAGGUUCUGGACUGGAUCAGCUACCAAGUGGAGAAGAACAAGUACGACGCAAGCGCCAUUGACUUCUCGCGGUGUGACAUGGACGGGGCCACCCUCUGCAAUUGUGCCCUUGAGGAGCUGCGUCUGGUCUUUGGGCCUCUGGGGGACCAACUCCAUGCCCAGCUGCGAGACCUCACUUCCAGCCCUUCUGAUGAGCUCAGCUGGAUCAUUGAGCUGCUGGAGAAGGAUGGCAUGGCCUUCCAGGAGGCCCUAGACCCGGGGCCCUUUGACCAGGGCAGCCCCUUUGCCCCGGAGCUGCUGGACGACGGUCAGCAAGCCAGCCCCUACCACCCCGGCAGCUGUGGCGCAGGAGCCCCCUCCCCCGGCAGCUCUGACGUCUCCACCGCAGGGACUAGUGCUUCUCGGAGCUCCCACUCCUCGGACUCCGGUGCAAGUGACGUGGACCUGGAUCCCACUGAUGGCAAGCUCUUCCCCAGCGAUGGUUUUCCUGACUGCAAGAAGGGGGAUCCCAAGCACGGGAAGCGGAAACGAGGCCGGCCCCGAAAGCUGAGCAAAGAGUACUGGGACUGUCUUGAGGGCAAGAAGAGCAAGCACGCGCCCAGAGGCACCCACCUCUGGGAGUUCAUCCGGGACAUCCUCAUCCACCCGGAGCUCAACGAGGGCCUCAUGAAGUGGGAGAAUCGGCAUGAAGGCGUCUUCAAGUUCCUACGCUCCGAGGCUGUGGCCCAACUGUGGGGCCAAAAGAAAAAGAACAGCAACAUGACCUACGAGAAGCUGAGCCGGGCCAUGAGGUACUACUACAAACGGGAGAUCCUGGAACGGGUGGAUGGCCGGCGACUCGUCUACAAGUUUGGCAAAAACUCAAGCGGCUGGAAGGAGGAAGAGGUUCUCCAGAGUCGGAACUGAGGGUUGGAACUAUACCCGGGACCAAACUCACGGACCACUCGAGGCCUGCAAACCUUCCUGGGAGGACAGGCAGGCCAGAUGGCCCCUCCACUGGGGAAUGCUCCCAGCUGUGCUGUGGAGAGAAGCUGACGUUUUGGUGUAUUGUCAGCCAUCGUCCUGGGACUCGGAGACUAUGGCCUCGCCUCCCCACCCUCCUCUUGGAAUUACAAGCCCUGGGGUUUGAAGCUGACUCUAUAGCUGCAAGUGUGUCUCCUUUUAUCUGGUGCCUCCUCAAACCCAGUUUCAGACACUAAAUGCAGACAACACCUUCCUCCUGCAGACACCUGGACUGAGCCAAGGAGGCCUGGGGAGGCCCUAGGGGAGCACCGUGAUGGAGAGGACAGAGCAGGGGCUCCAACACCUUCUUUCUGGACUGGCGUUCACCUCCCUGCUCAGUGCUUGGGCUCCACGGGCAGGGGUCAGAGCACUCCCUAAUUUAUGUGCUAUAAAUAUGUGAGAUGUACAUAGAGAUCUAUUUUUUCUAAAACAUUCCCCUCCCCACUCCUCUCCCGCAGAGUGCUGGACUGUUCCAGGCCCUCCAGUGGGCUGAUGCUGGGACCCUCAGGAUGGGGCUCCCAGCUCCUUUCUCCUGUGAAUGGAGGCAGAGACCUCCAAUAAAGUGCCUUCUGGGCUUUUUCUAACCUUUGUCUUAGCUACCUGUGUACUGAAAUUUGGGCCUUUGGAUCGAAUAUGGUCAAGAGGUUGGAGCGGAGGAGAAUGAAGGUCUACCAGACUGAGGGUGAGGGCAAAGGCUGAUGAAGAGGGGAGUUACAGAUUUCCUGUAGCAGGUGUGGGCUUACAGACACAUGGACUGGGCUGGGAGGUGAGCAAAGGAAGCAGGUAAGACUGUUGGAGAAUGCUUACAAGACUUCAUGCAAGCAAGGACAUGAACUCAGAAAGCUGAGGUCAGGAGCAUCCUGCUGUCAUGACACCGCCGAAUGACCUUGACCUUGACCAAGUCUGUCCUGUUUAGGACUGAUUCUUCCUGUAAGGCUAGGGUUUGGACCUGAUGUUCUCAAGAUGUCUAGAAUUGCAUGACCGGCCUUGUGGAAUAGAUGGUUUUGCAUUCCAGCCAAGUGGGCUGUAAACUGUAUAUCUGUAAUAUGAAUCCCAGCUUUUGAGUCUGACAAAAUCAGAGUUAGGAUCUUGUAAAGG